AUGGCCUCUCCAGCCCUGUCAGCCGUCACGGCCAGCUCGAGCAUCGCAACCAUCGUCCCCUCGACCGCGACUCGGCUCCGCCAGGCCGCCCUCAUCGAACACGAGCGUCGGGACCGCCCUCUCGCCCCGCCGAUGAACUCGACGGCCGGCUCUAACCGCGCACGGGGCCCACGAGGCGGGCUCAGCGCGAGCGCAUCCGUGCCGUACCUCAGCUCGGGCGCGUCCGACCUCGGCAAGGCGGCGAGGAGCGGCGGGACCAAGGGCGCCGGCGGCGGCGGCGACGGGUUCGUCCCACGCAGCACGACGAGCGCCGACCUCUUCGGUGGCGUGCGCGGGACUGGGUCGAGCGCGAGCUGGGCCGCAGGGCGGCGGCAGAGCGAGCAGCGUGGCUUCGGCGGCGGCGCGGUGAGUUGGUUGACGACGGCGCCGGCGGAGCCAGAUGGCGACACGCACAACCGCUACCCCUCGUCGACCGCCGCCUCGACCUCCUCGCGCACAACGACCUCGUCCCUCUUCCCGCUCGACCGCGACGGGCACGACCGCCACCCGUCGAGCUCGACCUCAGCACUGCCAGAGCGCUCCAGCUCCAUGUACCGCACGGCGUCCAACACGACCUCGUCAUCAACCGGCUCGAGCGACUUUCCGCGCACGCCCGCGCAGCUCUCGUCGCCGCUCGGCGCCGUCGUCUACCGCAGCAGCGGCAGUCGCUCGCCAAUGCCGCAACUCGGCGCGAGGAAGGGCAAGGAGCGCGAGCACGAGCCGGGACGAGCUGCAUGGCACGCCGGCGCGCCCGUCCUCACCGCGCCGACUUCGCCCUCACGCCGACCGCCGUCCCAGGUCCGCGGCCUUGCGCCGGGCCCCUCAGUCGCCGACCCGCGCUUCGCGUUCCCGAUGCGGCGCGGCGCAGGAGCGCCGACGAGCAGUGGUGGCGGCGGCGGCGGCGGCGGGAGCAGCCACGUCAUGCGCCCGAGCCGGUCGCAGCUCGUUGGGCUCGGCUUCCGCAGCGCCGAGCCUCAGGCGCAGGAGGUCACGAGGACGUCGCUGGAGGGGCGGCGGCGGGGCAGUACAGGGUGCGGGUUGGGAGAAUCGAGCUUCGUCGCCAACCUUGCCACUCGCCCGUUCUCUGGCGACCAUGAUCGCCUCGCCGACGCCGCCUACCCGUCUUACGCCGCAACGCCGACCGGGCUCCUCCCUCCCCACGACUCGAGCCCCUCGCUCUCGACCCCAUCCCUCGUCGCUCCCUCGCCCAUCCUGCCCACGUCACCUGUCGCUCCGACUUUUCCCGCUCCCGCGACACCUCCGGCGUCGGCUCGGCGACCGUCUCGCACCCGUCAGCGCUCCCGCAAGCGCCCCGAGCGCCGCCACAGCGCCUCGUCCUCGACCUCGUCCGACAACCGCCCCUUGAAGGUCCGCUCGGCGUCCGUCCCCAACCUGCGCAAAGCCGCCGUCGGCUCACGCCGUCACGAGCGCCGCCCGUCCAUCCCGCUCGAGCCGCGCGACCCCCGCACCGGCUCGCUCGAGGCGGACCGGUCCCUCCCCGGCUCGCUGCGCCAGGGUCCCGCGCCCGCCGUCUUCCCGUCAAAGGCGACGGGCGGCACGUCGCGACAUCGGCCGCACGCAUCGGAGCCGCUCCUGAGCGUCGCGGCCAAGCCGCCCGUCCCGCCCAGGACGAGGCGCAACAUCGUGCCCGUCAGCAAGUGCGAGGCGCUCAUCGGCGCUCGCCCACGGCUCGUCGUCGUCGAUGCGCCGUCAUCGUUCGGCCCGUUCGACGGCGGUGACGGCGAGCGGCGGCCCGGGGCCGUCGACCACCGCCGGGCGAGGCAGGGUGCCUUGACGGACGCCGACGUCGACCUGCUCGCGAACGACGGGCUCGACGGUGACGACUCGAGCGUCCGUCGCGUCCUGCGGGACGGCGCGCUCCUUCGAGCCGAGCGCGCCGCCGGGAGCGACAGCGCCAUGCGCGGCGUCGGCUUCGGCUUGAGCCUCAAGCUCGCCGAGCAGCAGCGCAAGGCGGGCAGGAGGAGUCUCGCCGUCGAGCAGCGCAAGGCCGAGCGGCGGAGGAUGCGGCGCGAGGUCGCGCAGCGGCGACGGCGCGAGGCGGCCGAGGCGGAGAGCGAGGCCGAGCGCGGCGACGGCUGGUACGAGCGGCGGGUCCGCGUCGCGCCCGACUACUCGCCGCCGAUGCCGUCGAGCUUCGAGCCGUUCGCGCAGCUCGGGCGCAAGCUGUCGAUCCAGCGCAUGCGCGAGCGCCGGCUCAGCACGGGCGGCGGCGGCGCGAGCGACGGCCUCGGCCUCGGCUUCGUCAACGCGCUCAAGCGCGUCCGCAGCAGGAGCCACGUGCGCUCUGCGUCCGCCACGUCGACGGCCGACGUCGUCGCCGUCGCGACCGCGGCGCCCAGUCGCCCGUCGACGCCGAGGACCGUGCGCGGCCAGGCCAUCCGCCACCUUCAUCGAGCGUCGUCGGUCGACAGCCUGUACGCCCGCACGCAUGCACACGCCGCAUCGCCGCCGCAGCUGCCGCAACUGCCGCAGAUGGCCAAGUCGACGAUGUUCCACAGCCUCGCGGCCACCGUCGAGCAGGUCACGACCCAGUACGGCGAGGCGCUCACCUCGCCUCUCGACCAGCCGUUCCAGCCCGCCGACGCGAUGCGCCGUCCCUCGGUCAUGACGCAGAACGCGUUCCUGUCGCUCCCGCCGCACCUGCACCACCUCCUGCGGUCGCCUGAGCACCAGAGCUACACGCCGGCCCGCCCGGCCCCCUCGGCGCCGUCUGCGCCCGCCACGAGUGCCCCAACGAGGGUCUCGACGCCCGACUCGACCGCGUCGGCCGCACGCCUGAGCCUCGCGCUCGAGGAGCACCUGCGCGAGGCGAGCGGCUCGCCGGUCAAGGCGCUCGAGGACAUGCCCGUCGAGUCGACGGCGCCGCUCUCGUGGCGCUCCCGCGACGGGUCGUCGCAGGGCUCGCCUACGUCCCGUCUCGCGUCGUCGAGGUCGGCGCCGGCGUUGGCCGAGGCGGCGGGCCUCUCGCGCUCGCCGACGGACAAGCAGCUCUCGGCGAUGGGCAUGGACCACCCGUACGCGCAAAGGUCUACCGGCCGGUCUGCGGCCAGGCGCCAGCCGUCGCAGCUCUCGCUCCAGUCAAGCACGGGCAGCGUCGUCGACCUCACGAGCGACGGGAACUGGACAGAGCUCUUCUUCCUCCAGCCUCGACAACCCGACAUCGCCCGGGCGCAGCCCUCGGUGUCCAUCGAGACGGUCGAGUCGGCUUCCUCCGGCGACACGUCACGAAACUUCCGCUUCGCCACAGCGCCGACCCAGAACUCGCCCUCUUCUCGUUACGCCGGGACGUCCUUCGCCGCCGUCGACUCGAUCCCUCCCGCGACUCGACCGUCGACCUCGCACACGGCGUACCUGACCGCCGAGGAGGGCCUCUCGAGCGCCGCCAGCUCGCCCGAGCGGCAUCGGCUCGGUCCGCCCGUCGCCGCCGGCUCUGGCCUCCUGCUGCGGCCGCACCCGACGCCCGUGCAGAGCACAUGGGCGUCCACGUCGUUCGCGCGCGAGUACAUCGGGACGGCGUCGUCGGGCUCGCUGCGCCUCUCGGGCGGGUCUGGCUCGGGCGGCUCGAGCAGGAGCUUCCUGCGGGUCGAGGGCAGCGACAGCGAGCGCGACGAGCGCGAGCACCUGCCCCGUCGGGAGGCAUCGCCGUCGUCGUUCAUGGAUGUCAGCCCGCCGCCGUCGCCCCGAUCCGCCAAGCUUCCCUCGGGCCUCACCCUGCCCUACUCGGCCCUCUCGCCGUUCGCGCCCUGCUUCCCUCCUUCGCCUUCCCUCGACGUCGACGUUGCGCGCACGCCGACCGGCACGCACCUCUCGAUCGACUCGCGCCACUUCAUCUCGCCCGGCCGUACGUCCAACUCGCCUCUCAUGGCGAGCGACGGCUCGCGCUUCUCGACCCUCGAGGAGACGAUGGACGACUUUCCUGCGCCGCCGCUCCUCGACCCGUCCGGGCCAGAGCAGGUCAAGGACGACUCGGCGGCGUCGGACGGCGACGACGAGGACGAGGGCGACGAGCGCCAGGCCAACGACGAGGUCACCAUCAGCCGCCGUCCGCGCUCGAUCGACUCGCUGCGGGUGCACAUGGCGAGAGCGCCGCCGCCCGACGUUCGUGCCCUGCCCGUCGUCGGCGAGAGGCCCGUCUCGAGCCAGUCGUGGCUCGACUUCAGCGACUCGGAGGGUCGUUGAGCUUCCUCCUCUCCC